CCUCCAGUUAUAAAUUUGCCAGGGAAACGCCCCAAGCUACCGUGAGGGUCGUUGUUGGUACUAUAAGAUGAAGGCGAUGAUGGUUAUGAGACCGACAGUUCAAUCGAGUGUUGUGUCGUCGUCGUCGUUGAUGCCGAGUGGGUGGGGGUGGCAGUGUUUUUGUUUUUCUCUGUUUUUUUUUUUUUUUUCUUGGGUUUAAACCAGCCGAGAUUAAUGUUUGGGUAGUUAUAAUAUUAAGCUGGCUGCUGCUGCUGUAGGAGAAAUACAGUUGUAAAAGAAAUAGGCUCGCGACUGGAGCGUGGCCUGUUCCGAACACUGAAAUUGUCCUCCAGUCCGACACUCACAGCGUCGUUGGACCCGUGGCCGUGUUUCUCUCCAUCCAACAUUUCACCAGGCUCGCCCAAACCCAAGUACAGUCCCACUACUACUGCUCCUCCUCAGCCCUCCCCAUCCCAACCAGCUUGUUGACGUUGUCCACCCCUCCUAGCUAGUCAAGCCGACGACUCCUCCCUAACGCGAAGGAUACUUUGUCUUUCAAUUUCAAGCAGUCUCUCUCCUCCCACUCCUAUCUCCUGUCUGUCUCCUAUCGUUCGCUUUCGAUCUGUUCUUACCUUUUUAAAUCACCUGGCUCACCAACCGGGGCACAUACAUAGCAGCCUCAGCCCAUCUCACAACAUCUUCUUCUUCAUCCCUGAGCUUACCACCCUCCCUCCCCAGAUCUUUUCCCUUCUACACAACCAGCCAUCGACCUCUUCAGCCCAACCUCAAGCAGUCACAUAUUCAUCCUAUCGAGGGUCACCACCAAUCUCAGCUCAGAUGUCUAGUCAACCGCCACCUCACCUCGAGACGGAUGAUCAAGCUCAACGCCGGCUCAUCAUUGAACGGGUCCUCAAGCGCGUCAGAUUAUCAAAGGCAAAGCGAGCAUUACAGACACGUCUUCGGCUAGCGGGUUUCAAGGCAUCGCACGGGUGGCAGGACGUUUCUUUUGAAAAGAUUGAACCACAGCUCAUGGGGACCUUGAAACAAAAACAAGCGGAACUAGCUCCAUCACGGGUCCGACGGCAAUCAAAUCGUUCAUCUCAGCGUUCUGAACUAUCCCCGCAUCUAUACCCUGGCGACAAUCGUUCUCAGCCCGCGUGGACCACUCCCGAUCACAGACUUCCCAGCUACAUGAAUUCAGAGACUGAUAGCACCCACACAUUUUCACUCCGGACGACGCCCCAAAUGAUUUCUGGAGCAUUCAGCGCGCCACCCUCAACCCAACCUCGAUCACUGAUCCAACCGCCCUCAUACCCCCACACGCCCGAACAAAUCAUCCGCUCAAAAUGGACCAUGUCUCGAAUCCCCAGUCAAACACAUUCCAACACGACUCCCGAAGACGAUGAGCUCAGGGAUCAAACCACAGCCGCCGAAAUGAUGCUCUUCCUGGCCACCGGAUCUCCCUCACCCGACCAUCGAUCCAUCAGCUCAGUCACCCAAAACAGAUGCCUUCAUCCUCAACUCCAACCGCAAUUUCGAACUUAAAAAAAACUCUCUCCGAAUUUGUUUGCAGUAAUUUUUGGAAGAAGAAACACAAAAAAGAAAAACAACAAGAAUGAAAAAAACAGCAGGCUUUCAUUUAUUGCUCCCUUAUUUUUUUUUUUUCCUUUUGUUCUUCUUCUCUUACUCCAUUCUCUCCUA